AUGCGUCGCGUCAGGGCAUCUGUGGUAUCCCGGGCAGCGUGGGUGUCGGUGGCCUGGGCUGGGGGGACACAGGGGCUGAGGGGACUGGGAGCGGCAGUGGUAGUGUUGCAGUUGGUUGAGGGGACUGGAAGCGGCAGUGGUACGUGUUGUAGUAGGUUGAGGGGACUGGGAGCGGCAGUGGGUGAGGGGACUGGGAGCGGCAGUAGUAUGUGUUGCAGUUGGGUGAGGGGACUGGGAGCGGCAGUGGUUGAGGGGAGUGGGAGGGGAAGAUGGGAGGGAAGACGUACUUGCCAGGUGAUGCGUGUACUAGGUGUAGUAAUGGAUGUCGAAGAUAUGAAUUGCUAUGAAUGUCUUCCAAUUGUGUGGAAGCGCACUAAUGGCCGGGAGCCUUACGAUUGCAAACCUUCGCCAUGUAGCGUCAAAUGUAAAGGCAAGGAGAAGACAUGUCAAUGUGAGUGUAACAGUUGUAAAAAGAAACGUGAAAGUGAACAACGUACUGUCUCCUUCCAGUCUCUCACCCUUCAACAGCAAUCCGCUGCUUCCCCUGACACUCAGGAUCACGCCGUCACUCAAGAUCGUGGCUCCCAUACCGAAGCUCAAACCCAAAAUCACUAUUCUCCAGAAUCUUCUACAGGUCCUUCCAUUUCCCCCUCCGCCAUCACCGCCGUCAUCGUUGCCAUCAUCGUCGCCAUCAUCCUGCUGGACCUGUGCAUCUUCCGCUUCCCGGUGGGCCGCAACAUCCGCGAUUUCCUCGUACGCAAGAUACCCUUCUGCAUCGCGUUCCACAGCUAA